AGACAGUCAGUGACAGUCAGUCAACCUCAAAACAACUUGUUCAGAAAGGAGUUUUUGAUAACCACAAUGAUACAUGCUGAUCUGACCACUUGCUAUGCUGAGUAAUAAUUUUUCGGUGUACUAUCAGUGUCCUGGUACUCCUACAGUUGCAUGUUCCUUUGUGUGCUGUGGCUGUCCCACUAGGAGCUCUGUCUCUAUCUCACUACACUGUUGCUUUGGAAAUUUCCAUAGAGCAGUCCUGUGUUUGGGCCCUGGUUUGGGAAAGGGGUGAGGAUGUGGAGAGCUGUAUUUGUGUGUGUAUAAGGUGAAUCUGGAGAGAGGGGAGUGUGUGAGUGGGGGGCAGGCACUACUAGAAGGGAGUGAGCUUGUUUAGGAGCAGUGAGACUUUCUCUUUGGUGGGAUAAUGACCCACACGGUGCAGGGAUUUGUCUGGGACUGUCGGACCUGGGAUCGUCAUGCCUCUCAGUCUGGGACCUACACUGAGCCUGCUGCAGUGCAAAGGGGUGAACAAUCAGAGCUACACCUGUGAGUCAGGCCACUGCUGUGGGGAGUCCCAGUGCUGCAGCUACUAUUAUGAACUCUGGUGGUUCUGGUUGGUGUGGGCCAUUAUAUUCAUUUUGAGUUGUUGCUGCGUGUGUCACCAUCGGCGCACCAAACAUAGACUCCAGCAGCAGCAGCGACAGCACGAGAUCAACCUCAUCGCCUAUCGAGAAGCACAUAACUACCCAUCUGUGCCCUUCUAUUUCAGGUUUUUGCCAAACUACCUCCUACCUGACUAUGAAGAGGUGGUCAACCGGCCACCGACUCCUCCCCCUCCAUACAGUGCCUUACACACAGGGCCCGCUACAACAGUGACCAGCCCUUUGGCCUCAGAGCAGGCAGAGGGACGCUCUGUUAGCAACCUUUCCACCCCUCUGGCCUCAGUGUCCGACAGCCUGUGCUGCCGGCCCAGUGUAGAAGAGCCGCAGACCCCUGCCUUAGACUUUAGACCCAAACCUGACGACAAGCCGGUCCAGACAGGGCCAGAGUCUGACGUGAUCCUCGCGUCAGAUGGGAGCGGUGAGAACCAGGAGAAACACAAUGACAGUGAGGAUAGAUCAUGCAAGGAUGCACUACUCAAAGACCUGUCUGAGAACAGUGUGGAGGACAAAGAGCGCCUCCCCAAUGGGCGGAGGAGGCGCUUCACGGGCGACUCUGGGAUUGAGGUGUGCGUAUGCGGCACUAGAGGGAGCGGAGGAUGCAGCGGGGCGGGUGUGGUGGGCCAGGAGCAGGAGGGCAAGGAACUGAGGGAGCUGGAGAGCCUAUUGGGCCCAGAUGAAGAUGAGGAGGAGGGAGGAGAUUUCUGCGACAGCUGUGGGCAUCGCGCCUCCUUCACUGUAGAAGAGGAACAGGCUCUGGGAGCAGACAGGAGGCCAGCCCGAGGUCCACCCAGUCCGGCUCAGCCUAAUCACCUCAUAAGCAGUCCACCUGUGUGCCUGCUCCUCCACACCAUUAGCGAGCAGGAGAGCAGCCACCACAGCCCCAGCACAGAGCCACAGGGCUGAGUCAACUCACCAGCACGUCAGGAGCACUACAGUCCUACAUUUGGUUUUCUCAAUCCUUUGACUUUAAUGAAUGUGUGGACACUUGUGGAAAAUGCAGUCUUCAGAUAAAACGACUGCUCUCCCAGUGUGAACAACAGUGGCCUUCGCCGGUGUGGGCUCUUCUGCAGAUGCUGUAACCUUUUAGCAGCCUGCAUCCAUCCAUUCAACAUUGCACAAAAGCGGUACACAUGGCUCCACGUCUUAUACAUGCAACAUAAGCUACUGACAGAGAUGUAAACACUUGAUAUAAUGUUUUGAAGGGGCAUUACCGAGCAGAUGGCGAGCCAUUGGACGGGGGUGGGGGACUGGGGGGGGGACUGCUGUACGUUACAGUUUGGAUGUGUGCAAUGUAUGUGAUUAUGCAAGCCCAAUACUGUAAGGGGACAAAAGUAGUAGUAGUAGUUUCAUCUUUCUCAAGUGCUUUUAGACAAUAACUGUUUGUCUGCCUUUCUUUUUUGCUCUCUAUUUGAUCUCGUAGUAAUGGGAGCAAUAGUGUAUUACAAUCAUUUUCUAAUUUGCACAGUACAUUAACUUUCUGGAGAAGUUUUCAGUAAGUAAAUCAAUAUGCUUAAUUUCAAGUCUUAUUUUGCAUCAAGUUGAUUCUUCUGUAGGGGUUUGUUCCAUUGUUAGGACAAGUGUGGGUGAAAAGUAGCGAUUCUUUUGUAAACUUUGUAUACAAUUUUAUUUAAGUCACUAACACGUGUGUGUUGAAUGUGCCUACCUGGAAAUACAGGAUUUUUAUGUUAAGUCUUGUGGCAGUAAAGAAAAUCGGUACCAGAACCUUUUUUUUUUUUUUUUAAACUGAUCAUAUAUAUAUAUAUGGUAUAUUCUAACUGUACUAAAAAUACAGCCAUAUAUAAAUUCCAAUUUUAAAUAUAGUAAGCAUAUUUAGAGUGCCUCAUUUGAGCAUUUUCCUUAAAUUGCAGCAUUGUUAUUGGAGUACAUGGUCAAAUUAUGGAUUUGUCCUAUUGCUUUGUUUAGUACAGAAAAACAUGUGACUUAAUUAGUGACAAAAACGAUGCAUGAUGUAUGAUGUAUUAUUAAUGUUAUUAAUAACAGAAAAUUGACAACACAUUUUAAAAUACGAUGCAUUUAUUUGUGCACCAUAAUGUCCCAUGUUUUUUUUAAGAGGUGGGUCCAUUUGAAUGUUCUCAAUUUCAUUUAUUCCAAACUUCAGUUGUAAUGAAUGUAACAAACAAACCACAGAUUGUAUAAAAAGAGCACAGGUCAGUUGGUUAAAUGAUCCAGCUUUCUUCAAAGUAAAGACCCAAAGGUUCACUCCACUGUUCUCCCAUGAAAGCAGUCAAACCUGCUGUCAUUCUUGUACAGUAAUCGUCCUUUUGACAGAAUAGGCUCCUACUUAAUAUUCAAACUUUAAUGACUAAAGCUUGAAUCUUUUGAGUCCGGCUCUCAAAAGUGCUUUAAUAUUUAGAAAUAUUUUAAUAUUUUGGUUUGUGGUACAUGUAAUGCAAAGAGGAGCUAUUUUUCAUAUCUGCCUACAAUAUAACUGUUGAAAUGAUAAAACCACUGUUUAUUUAAAUUUGUUUAUAGACUUUGUAAACUACACAUUUGGUUUCAUAAUCCUUGAAUCAUUAGCUUUAAUGUUAUGGAUGUUUUUGUGGGUAAAAUUUUCCUCCUGAGAAAGACCCAACUUGUAUUGAGGUGUUUUGUGAAGCUGUAGAGAGAGUAUGAAUGACUAACAUAAAAGAUGCAGUUUUUGUUAACCAAAUCAGGGGCGUCCUGCCAAAGACUCUGUUUUUCAUCAGUCCGAGGUGGUUUUGCACAUCUUUGAAUGUUCAAAUAACAUAAGCCAUUUAUGAUAUCAUCAAACGUUGUUUGUUCAAUAAAAUACCCCAAACUAAACAAACUAUGUGUGGAA